AUGAUGAAGCUCAACAGAUAUGAUAUCGUCUUCAAGUUUCUAAAAGGAAAAGACCUCGUAAUAGCAGACACUCUAAGUAGAGCUUACUUAGAUGAACCAACAGAAAAGCGACUAGAUAUCUUCAUGGUGCAAGUCAACCCCAAUCUGAAUGACUCAAGAUUAAUGGAAAUCAAGGAGGCAACAGCCAAAGAUCCAGACCUUCAGGACCUGAUUGAAACUAUACAGUCAGGAUGGCCAGAUCGGAAGAGUGCUGCUAAGGAAAGCUGUCAGCCAUAUUUUGAUUUCCGUGACAAACUCAAACCCCGCAAUAUUAAUCCUCUGCUGAAACAUGAUGAUGGCAAUGCUCCUUGGAAUAAAAUUGGCCUUGAUCUCUUUGAAAUUAAGGACAAGAACUAUCUUGUGGCCAUUGAUUAUUUCAGCAAUUUUAUUACCAUUGACUUGCUAAAGAAGACAACAUCUAAAGCAGUGGUUGGUGUUCUGAAGAAACAAUUCACAUUGUUUGGCAUCCCAUCGACAAUUGUAUCUGAUGGAGGACUACAAUUCACUGCCAAUGACUUUCUAGUGUUUGCUGAGAAAUGGGGGAUAAACCAUGUGAGAUCAUCUCCCCAUCAUCCAAACGCUAAUGGAAAAGCAGAAUCAGCUGUAAAGAUAAUGAAACAUCUCAUCUUAAAAUGUGAACGAGAUGGCACUUGUCAAUAUGAAGCAUUAUUGGAGCAAUACUCCUCGAAAAGACACUGGACGCAGUCCCACAGAAAUGAUGUUUGGGAGAAAGACGCGCACAUUGCUUCCCACACUCAUUCGGACAGAAGAAAACCAGGAGGCAAGAACGUAUACUUCGAACAUAAAGUAGGAGACAAAUGGAUUCUGGGAAAAGUGACAGACAUUCUGGAAGAUUAUACUUAUGUUGUUCAAGCACAGAAUGGAACCAAAUACCGCAGAAAUGGUGUGCACAUUAGACCAAUACAAGUACAAGCAGUUAUCCGUGAUAGCUCACCAAUUCGCACUACAGUUCCACACCAGCUUGAAAUCAUAAAACCUUCAACUUCAUACCUCAACAAAAGUGCAAACCAAGAGUACAACAAAGAUGAACGAAUCUGUGAGAGCCAACAUAACAAUUCAGAAAACAAGACAUCGGUCAUGUCCAGCUCGGAACAACAAAGCGUAUCUAGUCCAAUUCGGGUUGAACUAACAAGCGUUCGAAGGCAACCAUCUCGUAACCGGAAACUACCGUCCUACUUGAGUGACUAUGUAACUACUUGA